GAGGGCCACCAGAGUUUUUAAAGUGGGCUGGUAGCUGCGGGCGCCGGACAUUCGGGAGCGGCCAGCUGCCCAGCUCCAGCGCUCGCUGCGCUCCACCCGAGCUCUCCCGAGACGGUCGUACAAUCCUCGGCAGUGUCCUGAGACUGUAUGGUCAUCUCAGCGGUCGCGCUCGCCCGGCUCCGGACUCCUUCCAACUCGCGUCCUCCGAGCCACUUUUUUUUUUUUCUUUUGAAAACCCAGAAAAGUGACUCCUGUUCGAGGGGGAAAAAAGGAACUUCGGUUCCCUUCUCGCUGCACUCUUCGCGUCUGACAACCUCCUCCCACUCUUUCCCGGGCCCCGCCUCCGCGUGCAGGUUCCUCCCCGUCACCUCUCCACCCCUCCCCCGCACCUAGCCAGUCUCCCGCAAACUUCCACCUGACUGCGGGGCGCUCGGACCUGGGAACACUAAGGACCUUUCACACCCGCCCAGGCCUCGGGGAACAGACAAGGGCCACAGCAAGGGCAGAGGCUGCAGCCUCCUCCGGCCGGCCAGGAAGCCCAGGUGCUCGGUUUCUCAAAGGGCCACAACGACAAUGACAGCUGACAAAGAGAAGAAAAGGAGUUUUAUUCACAAAGCACCCGCUGAAGGGAGGUCACCAGGCUGAAGACCCCAGAGGAUUAGGAGGACUGUUCCUGCCAACUGGACUACAGUGAGUGGGAGUGAAGUAGGAGUAAGACAACCACACAUGUGAUCACAGUCAAGGAGCAGCUCAGAGAGGAGGAAGGAGAAGUCCCGAGAUGCUGCAAGGUGUCGACGCAGCAAGGAGACUGAGGUCUUCUACGAGCUGGCCCAUGAGCUACCCCUGCCUCACAGCGUAAGCUCCCACCUGGACAAGGCCUCCAUCAUGCGACUGGCUAUCAGCUUCCUGCGAACACACAAGCUCCUGUCCUCAGUUUGCUCUGAAAAUGAAUCUGAAGCGGAGGCUGACCAGCAAAUGGAUAACUUGUACCUGAAAGCCUUGGAGGGUUUCAUUGCCGUGGUAACUCAAGAUGGUGACAUGAUAUUUCUGUCAGAAAACAUCAGCAAGUUCAUGGGACUCACCCAGGUAGAGCUAACAGGACACAGUAUCUUUGACUUUACUCAUCCCUGUGACCAUGAGGAGAUCCGUGAGAACCUGACUCUCAAAAAUGCCUCUGGUUUUGGCAAGAAAAGCAAAGACAUGUCCACUGAGCGGGACUUCUUCAUGAGGAUGAAGUGCACAGUCACCAACAGAGGCCGAACUGUUAACCUCAAGUCAGCCACCUGGAAGGUCUUACACUGCACCGGCCAGGUGAAAGUCUACAACAACUGCCCUCCUCACAGUAGCCUUUGUGGCUAUAAGGAGCCUCUGCUGUCCUGCCUCAUCAUCAUGUGUGAGCCAAUCCAGCACCCAUCGCACAUGGACAUCCCCCUGGACAGCAAGACCUUCCUGAGCCGUCACAGCAUGGACAUGAAGUUCACCUACUGCGACGACAGAAUCACGGAACUGAUUGGUUACCACCCUGAGGAGUUACUUGGCCGCUCUGCCUAUGAGUUCUACCAUGCACUGGACUCAGAGAACAUGACCAAAAGUCACCAGAACUUGUGUACCAAGGGACAGGUAGUGAGUGGUCAGUACCGGAUGCUUGCGAAACACGGAGGCUAUGUGUGGCUGGAGACCCAGGGGACGGUCAUCUACAACCCUCGAAACCUGCAGCCUCAGUGCAUCAUGUGUGUCAACUAUGUUCUGAGUGAGAUUGAGAAGAACGACGUGGUGUUCUCCAUGGACCAGACUGAAUCCCUGUUCAAACCCCACCUGAUGGCCAUGAACAACAUCUUUGACAAUGGUGGUGAGGUGGCUGUAUCUGAUAAGAGUAACUUCCUGUUCACCAAGCUGAAGGAGGAACCCGAGGAGCUGGCCCAACUGGCCCCAACCCCUGGGGAUGCCAUCAUCUCUCUGGAUUUCGGAAACCAGAGCUUCGAGGAGUCUUCAGCCUAUGGCAAGCCCAUCCUGCCCCCUGCCCAGCCAUGGUCUGCGGAGCUGAGGAGUCACAGUGCCCAGAAGGAGGCUGGGAGCCUGCCUGCCUUCACCGUACCCCAGGGGGCCACCCCAGGAAGCACCACACCCAGUGCCACAAGCAACAGCAGCUGCUCCACGCCCAGCAGCCCUGGAGACUACUACUCUUCUCUGGAGGAUGACCUGAAAAUUGAAGUGAUUGAGAAGCUCUUUGCCAUGGACACAGAGGCAAAGGACCAGUGUAGCACACAGACGGAUUUCAAUGAGCUGGACUUGGAGACUCUAGCACCCUACAUCCCCAUGGAUGGAGAAGACUUCCAGCUAAGCCCUAUCUGCCCAGAGGAGCCGCGUUUGCCAGAGAGCCCACAGCCCACCCCCCAGCACUGCUUCAGUGCCAUGACCAGCAUCUUCCAGCCACUGGCCCCUGUGGCCUCUCACAGCCCCUUCCUCUUGGACAAGUACCAGCAGCAGUUGGGGAGCAAGAAGAUGGAGCCGGAGCAUUGGCCCAUGUCCUCCAUCUUCUUUGAUGCUGGAAGCAAGGGGUCACUACCACCAUGCUGUGGCCAGGCCAGCACCCCUCUCUCUUCCAUGGGGGGCAGAUCCAACACACAGUGGCCUCCAGAUCCACCAUUACAUUUUGGGCCCACAAAGUGGCCUAUUGGGGAUCAGCCGCACACGGAGUCCUUGGGGACAUCACCAUUGGGACCCCCCAUUACCUCGCCCCAUGUUUCCAUGUUCAAGAUGAGGUCUGCAAAGGACUUCGGGCCUCGGGGCCCAGAUGUGAUGAGCCCAGCUAUGAUAGCCCUCUCCAACAAGCUGAAGCUAAAGCGACAGUUGGAGUAUGAGGAACAAGCCUUCCAGGACACAAGUGGGGGGGAUCCUCCAGGCAGUGGCAGCAGCUCACAUUUGAUGUGGAAACGCAUGAAGAGCUUCCGGGGCGGGACCUGCCCUUUGAUGCCUGACAAGUCCCUGAGUGCAAAUGUUCCCCCCGAUGAGUUCACCCAGAACCCCAUGAGAGGCCUGGGCCAGCCUCUGAGACACCUGCCCCCACCCCAGCCGCCAUCUGCCAUGAGCCCUGGGGAGAACGCCAAGAGUGGGUUCUCCCGGCAGUGCUACGCCUCCCAGUACCAGGACUACAGCAAGCCAUCAGCUCACAAGGUAUCAGGCAUGGCAAGCCGACUGCUGGGUCCCUCAUUCGAGCCCUAUCUACUGCCUGAACUGACCAGAUAUGACUGUGAGGUGAACGUCCCUGUGCCAGGAACCUCCACACUCCUGCAAGGAGGGGACCUCCUCAGAGCCCUGGACCAGGCCACCUGAGCCAGGGCCUUUUGCCGGCCAUGCCCCUGCUGAUGCCAUCCCACCAGCUUCACUCUACAUCUGUUUUUGCAACUAGGUAUUUCUAACACCAGCACACUUCUUACAAGAUGUACUUACCUGGCUGAUUUGCCCAGGUCACCAAGCAGUGGCCUUUUUCUGAAAUGCUCACUGUAUUAUCCUUAUUUUUAAAAUACACAGUUGUUUUACCUGCUCCGUUUUGCUGUCAAUGAAAAUGUUCUUAAAUUUUAUAAGACUUUUCUUCCCCGCCUUCAAUUACUUCUAAUUUAUAUUACCC